AUGGAAAUUGUACCAAUGGAGAUGUACGACUCUGCCAGAGCUAAAAUAGCGGCCAAUUUGCGGUGGCUGUUUGCUAAGGCUUAUGGCAUUGACCAUAUUCCUGAGGAUCUGAGGGACCCCUUUUACACAGACCAGUAUGAGCAAGAGCACAUCAAGCCCCCCGUCAUUCGGCUGUUGCUGUCCUGUGAGCUCUACUGCCGCGUCUGUACCCUCAUCCUGAAGACGGAACAGGCUGCUUCUCUCCAGUCCCACAUGUCCGUCAUCCAGGCUCUGUCCAGAAAGGGCAUUUAUGUUGUGGAGAGUGAUGACACACCAGUUACAGAGGAGGACUUGGCCAGUAUGCCCAUCAAAAUGAGUGCCCAUAUGCCAAUGAUCGAUGCCCUGAUGAUGGCCUACACAGUGGAGAUGAUCAGCAUUGAAAAGGUUGUAGCGUCUGUUAAGCGCUUUUCCACCUUUAGUGCCUCCAAAGAGCUGCCCUUUGAUCUGGAAGAUGCUAUGGUUUUUUGGAUUAAUAAGGUGAAUACAAAGAUGAGGGAAAUCUCUGAAAGGGAACACAAAGUAAAGCCCCACCCACUCGAGUCACCUGGUCACCAAAAGGUGAGGUAUCGCAGAGAACAUGGGGCUGGUCGACACUUGCCCUUCUUUCCACCAGUGGAGGAUCUCAUGAGAGAUGUUUGUGAUGGAGCUGCUCUUCUUGCUGUAGUUCACUACUACUGCUCAGAUCUCAUGAAGAUUGAAGACAUUUGCCUGAAGGAAGUGACCUCCAUUGCUGAUACUCUCUACAACAUUCAGUUGUUGAAAGAGUUUGCCAAUGAAUAUCUCAGCAAAAGUUUUUAUUUGACGACAGAGGACAUGCUCUACUCUCCACUUGUACUCAAGCACAAUGUAAUGGUGUUCAUUGCUGAACUCUUUUGGUGGUUUGAAACGGUUAAACCAGAGUUUGUCCAACCUCGAGAUCUACUAGAGAUUAAAGAUGCACGAACACCUUCUCAUCCCAAAGGUGGUCGUCCAUCAGUGCCCAUUUCUAAUGCAACGAAGAGAAGCUUCUUGUCAAGUCCCACAGUCACAGAAAACCAAAGUGGUCCUGAAGUCUGUAACAGGUACUUCCUGCACCCAGAAGACUCUGACUCCCUUAAAGGAAGUCCAUCCUUCAGUCCUUCGCAUCCACUCUUACCCCUACGACAGAGGCAACAGAAGCAACAAGAAGAUGGAGCAGGUCUUCGAAACCGUUCCAACUCCUUCACCCAUAUGGAUGGACAAGGUCGCAAUUCAGCCACAGGCUGGUCUGACAAGAGGCAGAGGCCUCUGUCGACGCUGAGCCCGUUCUUACUUCACUCAGCCACAGAUGGUGACGCAGACAGAGCUUCUGGGGACAGUACCUCUCUGCUCCAGACCUCACAGCCACUACUGCGGCGUGUGAAUGGUCAUGGUGCUGUGGUCAACACUGACAUUGAGGAAGAGACUCUGCUGAUAAGGACCGACUCCCCUGCCCAACAUCUCGAGGCGACACACACAUCUGCAUCACCAGGGGUGCUGUCCAAUUCUGAUUCUAAACCUACAACAGAUGGAUUUUACCUGGAACCUUUAAUGCCAGCUGUACUCAAAACGCCAAAGGAGAAAUCUGUGCAUUUGAACAAGGAGGAGGAGAGUGGCGAGGGGUCGUCUGGUAGGGGGUCUCGCCGAAAAGUGCCCAGCUCUUUAAACAAAACGUUUACACCCCCUGAUCCAGAGCAAGAAGAGUUGUCGCAAACAUCUCGGGCCAACUCUAGGUCUGGUUCAACUGCAGCGCAAGCCACUGCUGAUCCCACAGGAGGGUUCUUCUUGCAUUCAGGUUCUGAGGAAUCAAAACCUUGUCCGAGCCUGGAUGCAGACUUGGAGGAUCUCGAAGAGCAGGAGGAAGAUUUGGAUGAAGCCGCAACUACAACAGAUCCCAGGUGGCCAAGGAAAACCUUUCAUGAGGAAGAGGAAUCGGCCAAGCUUCAGGAGGACAUGAAUGUGAAGGAGCAUGAAGACAAAGACUAUGGUGGCAGUGGUCACUCCAGUCCCUGUCACAGCACUCACUCCCAAGCCAGCAGUAUGGCCAGUAGCAGUGUUCGCAUGACCUCCUUUGCAGAGAGAAAAGCCCAGCAGCAGCGUUUUGGCAGUAACCAUGACCUGCGCUCAAGUGCCUCCAGCUCCCAAAGAACAACACCAGAUGGGUCAGAAUGCAGUGGUCCACUGAGCUCCUCCUGGAGACUUAAGAGGGACCAAAGUCCCUCCUCUCCUCUUGGAGGUUGUGCCCGAACAGCUGAUGGGAGCGGGGUAAAUAUGCUUUCAUCUGAGAUGGUGCAGCUUCGCAUGCAGCUGGAGGAAAAGAGACGUGCUAUUGAGCACCAGAAAAAGAAAAUGGAAGUAUUAUCUGCAAGGCAGAGACAGAAGCUGGGAAAAGCCGCUUUCCUCCAUAUUGUAAAGAAAGGAGCAGGGAAGAGUGACACACUGCCCAAUCCACUUAAAGCUGACCUCUCCAAAGAUGAGCUCAAUGGUCAGAAGGAAAGCAUCAGUAAAGAUGACUUGUGUGUUGGUGCGUUAACGGGGGAGAAGGUAGAGGAUGUUCCGGUGUGUGCCUUAGAAUCAGAAAGAAAGACUAACAAUGGGAGUUUCUACCUGGAGGAAGAGUUGGACCUGAACGAGUGCAGUCGUUCCAUUGAACAUCUGAAUGAUGCCAUCAGCAGCAUACAGCAGCAGAUGAUGCAGCUGUCUCUUCAGCAGGAGGUAUUAAUGAAACAGAAUGUACAGUCUCCCCUGGGAGCUUCUCAACUGCCCAACUCCACUGACAAAAGCAGUGACAAAGCCGGGCUCAGCUAUCACUUUGCGGAGCACCACAGCACAGCUCCAACACGUAAACCCCCUAAACUCGGCUCGGGACGAUCGCGGUCAAAACAGUCAGAACUAAAGGUUGCCAAGGAGAGCAGAGCUUCUGCUAAGCUUCAUGGUACUGAGGCACACAGUCACUCUAAGCCACAGACGGGGGGCAGGUCUCCCAGAAAUGAACAGCCAGAGGCAAUCGAAAGGCCUGUUUCUAGUCAUAGUCAAAGUACUUCCUUUCGGCUACACGAUGACGCCAACAUGCGCAUUCCCACCAGAGUGGACCUUAGUGCAGUGAGCAUCCCUGAUGCAUCCUUUGAUUACCUGUCAAGAAAGUCUGAGCUCAACUCCUCUGACGGCUCUGGAAAGGAGAACUUCCCCUCUGAUGAGGCUCAGCGAAGCAAAGCUUCUCUCAUCGAAGUCGACCUGUCGCAUUUAAAGGACCCAGAGGAGGAAGGGGCAGAGGAGAUCGCCACAGAGGGCGAGCAGAAGUCUGUCCUGGGCUUCUUCUUUAAGGAUGAACAAAAGGCAGAAGACGAGCUGGCCAAAAAGAGGGCGGCUUUCUUACUAAAACAGCAGAAGAAAGCUAAGGAGGCGCAACUUCGCAAACAACAGCUUGAAGCAGAAUCAGAACUGAAAAGGGAUGAGACCAGACGGAAAGCAGAGGAGGACCGGCAACGUAAGGAGGAUGAGAAGAGCCGCAGAGAAUUGAUCAAACAGGAGUACCUCCGGAGGAAACAAGAAGAGGUUUUUGAGGAGCAAGGCCUUGUGAAGCCCAAGACUCCUAAGCCCAAACAGAAGCACAGGACCAAGGCUGUUCUCAGGGAGGAGUCUAGCGAUCAUUUCUCAAAGUGCUCUUCCACAGCUGACAACCUGAGCAACGCCCAGUCGGGCUCUAGUCUGUCUCUGGCCUCGGCUGCAACAAAUGAGGCUGACAGCGUGAACUCAGGAGGAGCUGGUUCCCAACGGUGUGACUCCGUAGAGUCUUUCCCAGGAAGUCGGAAUCACAGUCGAGCUGCGGAGCGAGACUGGGAUAACGGCUCUACUGCAUCUUCAAUCACAUCCAUGGCAGAGUACACAGGUCCUAAGUUGUUCAAGGAGCCAAGUGCCAAAUCGAAUAAACCAAUCAUCCACAAUGCCAUAUCCCACUGCUGUUUAGCAGGAAAGGUCAACGAACCCCAGAAAAACCAGAUCCUUGAGGAGUUGGACAAGUGCGAGUCAAACCACUUGAUGAUCCUGUUUCGAGAUGGAGGCUGUCAGUUCCGGGCGCUCUACUCGUACUUCCCUGACACUGAGGAGAUCCAGAAGCUGACAGGCACUGGGCCUAAGAGCAUCAGCAAAAAGAUGAUUGACAAGCUGUACAAGUACAAUUCGGACCGCAAACAGUUCACAGUCAUCCCUGCCAAGACUGUGUCUGUGAGUGUAGACGCUCUGACCAUACACAACCAGUUAUGGCAGCCCAAAAGAGAAUUUCCUUCUGGUUUGUCCAACUUGUUGAUCUCAGUACCGCCGCAGUACCACAUCGGUGAAAUUAACGCCACAGUAUUUCACCAUGACAACCUGGGCUCGGUCACAUUAUUUAAUAUCAAGAGAGCAGGAAUCACAGGGAUCGCAGACGGAGCAUUCAAUUCUUUUCUCGGCCUCAAAAGUCUUGCCUUAGACAAAAACAAACUCACAGACAUCAAUCACAAGUGGCUUUCGAGACCUGCCACCCUGACUGAACUCGGCAUCCCACUGCACAACACCAACUUCAGUCUCAAAGGAAACCCCUGGAGAUGCGCAUGUGAUGCUCAAGACUUCUACGCCUUCAUCAUGGACUUGAGAAACAGGUCUUUGCUGCUGCACCCUGAAGAUGUCACAUGUGCCAGUCCCCCAUCUUUGAGAGGGAAACCGGUGUGGAACGUGUCAGAGUGCAGCACACCGUAUCCAGUGCCAACAAGUCUGAGCACCACUGAAGAUCCAAAUGUGUCGAGACCUGUGUCGAGACCAGUGUCGGACAAAACAACUCUUCUCCUGAAAACCACAUUGCCAACCUCAAGCUCUUUAAAUGUACCCACUGGAUCACAUCGGCCUCCUCCAUACUCGACUAACAUUGUCCCCAUGCUCAGCACGGUCAUUGUGGCGUUGUGUGUUGCGCUGCUCCUCGUCAUCAUCUUGGCCCUGGUCUACAGGAGAAAACGCAGCAGGAGAACUGUGGCUCCAAGAGACCAGAACAAACAAAUGACCACGGAGACAGACCAUCAGAAGGACGACGUCACCGGACACACGUGCUGGGACAUCGAGGCGCCUUCCCCAAUGUCAUUAACUGGAAUCCGAGCCAAGUCUGCUAAUGCAAUCCUUUUCACAUCUCCGUUUGCCUCUGCUGGGUUUCACGAUCCAGCUUCAUUGGGGGUUGGAGAGAAUAAAACAGCUGGCAGCAGGAGGGGGGAGAGCAGGGCAUCUGACAGUGGGAGCGAGUACGUGUUUGUGGACCUGCUGCAUGAGGUGGUCCAGAACCGAGGCCGCUGGACCAGGGACCGGUGGAGGCACAUCCGCUCCAGCAGGCAGAGGACAGAGCAGCACCAGCACAGGUGA